CAUUUCCUCGGGCUAGAAUGUAGCUGAUCUCAAAUGUCCUCCAAAGGAGGUUUUACUUUACGCACUGCUGCACUUCCACCAGGCUUAUUCUGGAGGCUGUUGUGGUUCCCAUAGCGAUGGCCACAGCCUUUUGAGAGUGAGUCCAAACUGUGACUCAUCCAUCCACCCAGUAGCAUAGGUACAGCGCGGGAGAAAGAAAGGAAAAGUGCAUCUCUGAGGAAGGAUGUCUCCACAUCCUUCUUUGUUCAGAGCAAAGAAGCUUUCAGAGCAGUAUGCUCAGGUGUGACGUAAAAUGACCUCACACCUGAGGACACUGGGGCCCAGAGAGAGCUCUCUGAGCAGGUCAGUGGCAGACCAGUUCCCUUCUCGGUCAUCACCUUUUUAUUACAGAAAAGUCCACAUAUCAGCAUAAGGAGAGGGAAUGGGAUAGUCAUUUCCCAUAGAAAAAAAGUGCACAACCUCGUGGUUGAAAAUUAUGUUUUAUUCGGUGGACUUACUGAAGAGCCCAGGGGACAGCUUCUCAGAUAGCUCUAAGGAACUAUUCUGAAAAGGUAAGGGAGGAGCCAGGACGUUGAGGAGUUUUUGUAAAAACAAACAAACAAACAAACCCCCCUAAAAACCCAGCUAGUCAGAACACCAAAAGAUUACUGUCAAAGAAAACCAGACAUCUCAAGGUAAUGAAUUUAGCACUUUUCUCUGUAUGGGGAGUGGCAAGAGUCUAGGCUCACUGAAAUCAUUCCUUUGCUGUUUUCUCCAUCCUGAAUCCCCUUACGGUGCACUGUAGGGGGAGUGGCUGCCGUGGCAGAGGGCUUGAAGGCUACAACAUCCUUUGUGGCAGGUGACAUUCUUUGUCCACAGAUCCAGUGUCAGGCGUCAGCAGUGAGCAGUGUUCGCCAGUUUUAUUUUCCCUCUUUGCUUCCUGUGGUCUCAUUUCGCUUGUCCUUCUCCACCUGGAUGGCCUGUAGACCAGCAGUGAGACUUCGGACUCUUACUCUUGACUCCCAUGGCAGUGCGUUGGGUUCCUUGGGCCCGUGGGGCCAUGCGUGCUGGGGCCUGUUUGGGUUCCUGAUGCUUAGGCAUGUCCCUUGCUGAAAGUUUCUCUUUGGAAGGAGGCUAGGUGGAGCCAGUGAGAACAGGAUGCAAGGAUGCAGUACCCUGUGCGUCCAGCCUCGAUGACCUAUGAUGACAUUCCACACCUCUCAGCCAAGAUCAAGCCCAAGCAGCAGAAGGUGGAGCUUGAGAUGGCCAUCGACACGCUGAAUCCCAACUAUUGCCGCAGCAAAGGGGAGCAGAUUGCGCUGAACGUGGAUGGGGCCUGUGCUGACGAGACCAGCACGUACUCCUCGAAGCUGAUGGACAAGCAGACGUUCUGCUCUUCACAAACCACCAGUAACACUUCCCGUUACGCUGCCGCGCUCUACAGGCAAGGUGAUGAAAAUGUUCUAAAGCUGGUUGUGGUGCUGGUUGUACCACUUGGUGAGCUCCACCUGACACCUUUACAUGGCAUCCUGCAGCUGCGGCCCAGCUUCUCCUACCUGGAUAAGGCAGACGCCAAGCACCGUGAGAGGGAGGCAGCCAAUGAGGCAGGAGACUCUUCACAGGACGAGGCGGAAGAAGAUGUGAAGCAGAUCACGGUGCGGUUCUCCCGGCCUGAGUCCGAGCAGGCCCGCCAGCGCCGGGUGCAGUCCUACGAGUUCCUGCAGAAGAAGCACGCUGAGGAGCCCUGGGUCCACCUGCACUACUACGGCCUGCGGGACAGCCGCUCUGAGCACGAGCGCCAGUACCUGCUGUGCCAGGGCUCCAGCGGGGUUGAGAACACGGAGCUUGUCAAGUCACCCAGUGAGUACCUCAUGAUGCUGAUGCCUCCCAGCCAGGAGGAGGAGAAAGACAAACCCGUGGCCCCCAGCAAUGUCCUGUCCAUGGCCCAGCUGCGCACCCUGCCCCUGGCUGAUCAGAUCAAGAUCCUGAUGAAGAAUGUGAAGGUCAUGCCUUUUGCCAACUUGAUGAGUCUCCUGGGCCCCUCCAUCGACUCCGUGGCUGUUCUGCGUGGCAUCCAGAAGGUGGCGAUGUUAGUCCAAGGAAACUGGGUGGUGAAGAGUGACAUCCUGUACCCCAAGGACUCUUCCAGCCCUCACAGCGGCGUGCCUGCCGAGGUGCUCUGCAGGGGCCGAGACUUUGUUAUGUGGAAGUUCACGCAGAGCCGGUGGGUGGUAAGGAAAGAGGUGGCAACAGUGACUAAACUCUGCGCGGAGGACGUGAAGGACUUUCUGGAGCACAUGGCCGUGGUAAGGAUCAACAAGGGCUGGGAGUUCAUACUGCCUUACGACGGCGCGUUCAUCAAGAAGCAUCCAGAUGUGGUCCAGCGGCAACACAUGCUGUGGACGGGCAUCCAGGCCAAAUUAGAAAAGGUUUAUAAUCUUGUGAAGGAAGCCAUGCCAAAGAAGCUGGAUGGACAAUCAGGGCCUGCUGGGCUGGUCUCUGGGGACCAGCGGGUCCAAGUCGCCAAAAGACAGGCCCAGCAGAACUACAUGCUGCUGGAGCGGGAGCUGCAGAGGAGGAAGGAGCAGCUGAGGGCGUCCACGGUCCUGCCCGGUGUGCGGAUCAAGGAGGAGCCCAUGAGCGAGGAGGGGGAGGAAGAGGAGGAGCGGGAGGCAGAGGAGGACGAGGAGCCCAUGGACACCUCGCCCGGCGGUGGCCUCCACAGCAGGCUGGCCAACGGGCUGCCUGCCGGACGGGCGGCGGGCGGGGACAGCUUCAACGGGCACCCGCCCUCAAGCUCUGCCGGCACCCCCGUGGCCCGGGAACUGAGGGCCUUCGUGGAGGCCACCUUCCAGAGACAGUUUGUGCUCACGCUGAGUGAACUCAAGCGCCUCUUCAACCUGCACUUGGCCAGCCUGCCCCCCGGCCACAUGCUGUUCAGCGGCAUCUCGGACCGCAUGCUGCAGGACACAGUGCUGGCCGCCGGCUGCAAGCAGAUACUGGUGCCUUUUCCCCCACAGACGGCUGCUUCCCCGGAUGAGCAGAAGGUGUUCGCCCUCUGGGAGUCUGGAGACAUGAGUGACCAGCAUCGACAGGUUUUGCUUGAAAUUUUUUCCAAAAAUUACCGGGUACGCCGGAACAUGAUCCAGUCGCGGCUGACUCAAGAGUGUGGAGAAGAUCUGAGUAAACAGGAGGUGGAUAAAGUGCUAAAGGACUGCUGUGUAAGCUAUGGUGGCAUGUGGUACCUUAAAGGGACGGUACAGUCUUGACAGUAGUUGCAAAUCACCAACCCAGUGAAUCCAAGCCCAAGGAAGGAUGGCAGAGCCAGCAGAGGUGGAAGUAGAGUCUCGAUUGCUUCAGAAGCCUCGGAGCAAGCGGACCUGACCAUCUCGUGGCCUGUGGCAUUGCACUGUCCAGGGGACAGAGGGGAUCAUACUCAGCCCGUGGCAGUGUCAGCUUACGUUAGAUCACUCCUGGAAGAGACCAUCUGGGACCUUCUUUGCAGUACAGUUUGAAAUUCCUGAUGUAUUUUGCUUAUUAUUUGGUUUCAUUCUCAUAAUAAAGAGAGUGUAUACUGACACAGGCAGGAUGAUGAAAAUCAUGGUUUAAUAUUUUACUCUCAAACUUAAUGCCAACAAGGUCUAAGUUAUGUUUACAAGAUGAAGAAAACCUCAAGGUUUUAAUAUUUAAAAUGCCUAGAAGCCAGUAUUAAGUCUUCAAUUAUCUAUCUGCUAAGUCUGCCAAUUUCAUUAAACAAACCAAAUUGAAUUGUUUUACUGUUGGUUUCCUGUGGCCAUUUUACCUUUUAAAACAACCUACUUUAUGUAGCAGUCUCAACUGUUUACAUGAACCAUAGCAAAAAAUCAGAAUCAAAUCCAUUUAUUCUUAAUGUUUGCAUAGGGAUAAAAACAAAACCAGGUAAGUAUGGAUCAAUGUAUAAGUGAGGUCAUCACACUUUGAUGUGAAAAAUUUAUAUUUUGUGUAUUUUUAAAAUAAAUGCUAACACUAACUUGG